GAAGAAGAACAACUUCCGUUUUGAGGGUCACACAGGAAAUAAACAAACUAGACAAGCUCUGUGGAGGGAAGGAGAAAAGGCUCUAAUCCAGAGCUGUGAGCUGCUGGAAAAUUUAUAUUUCUGCCCAGGACUGAUCACAUCACUCGCCAUCAUGAUGUCAACAAAGAGGCUCGACAACUUUGAGGUGGUAUGCGAAUGGGAUUCAUGCAGCUACAGGGGCCACACUAUGGAGGAGCUGAGCGACCAUAUGUCCUUGCAUCUAAAGGACUACUUGGGAGACAAAGACACCCUGGAGGAGCUAGACGAGUAUGCUUGUCUCUGGAAUGGAUGUGAAUUUCUGUCCAUGGGCAGCCCCACAGAGUUGGAAAUACAUGCUUAUUUCCACAACUACCAUGGUAAGCUCAAGUUUGUCGGGUCUCAGCUGCUGAAGUCCCGUCCUGACCUACCCAGCUGCAACCAGGGUGUGCACAGCAACAACCUGGUGCCAGAGGGAUCGGAAGGAUAUGUUUGCCAAUGGGAGCAUUGUGAUAGUACAUUUAAUAACCCUGAGUGGUUCUACCGUCAUGUGGACAAUCAUGUAGAAAGUGCUGAGCAGCAGUCUCUUUCACAACAACAGCAGGCACUCUUUUGCAACUGGGCAGGGUGCGACGCCUACUUCAAGAUCAGGUAUCGGUUGAGAGAGCACAUGCGGAGCCACACUCAGGAGAGACUUGUAGCCUGCCCUACAUGUGGCAGCAUGUUCUCCAGCAAUACAAAGCUGUUUGACCACCUCCACAGACAAGCUGAACCAAUAGAGUCACUGGUGUGUGAACAUUGUGGCAAAGCCUUUUCAAGUGAGAGGCUUUUGAGGGAUCACAUUCGCCAGCAUGUGAAUCAAGUGAAGUGUCCCUUCUGUGAUAUGACUUGCACCACUUUAGCAGCCCUGAAGAUCCAUAUCAGGUUCCGCCACUGUGAUGAGCGACCCUUCCCAUGUGACUUCUGUGACAAAAGAUUUAAGAACCAGCGAGACCUCCAUAAACACACAGAGGUUCACAACGAGGGCACCGUGUAUCACUGUACCGUGGAGGGAUGUGAUUAUUCCUGUCACACGUUCCAAACCAUGAACCAUCAUUUCAAGAGAGUCCACGAGGUUGGGGGGAUGUCUAAAUAUAAAUGCCAUAUCUGUGAUAAGGUGUUCUCUUGGUGUUAUACUCUCACACUGCACCUUCGUAAGAAGCAUGAGCUGAAAUGGCCUUCUGGACAUUCCCGCUUUAGAUAUAAGAAGGAUGUAGACGGCUUCCUAAAAGUAAACAUGGUACGAUUUGAGACUGUUGAAGUGACCAAGGAGAUCAUGAAGAACAUGAGCAAAAAGCAGCAAAGCCUUCGUCAAAGUCAGAGAGCCAGCAGCCGGAACAAGAGGGCUGCCGUCGCACCAGAGAGCAGCCGAAGCUCCCCGACAGGAUCAUCCUCGCCCUCCUCUAGCUCCUCCUCCUCGUACUCCUCAGACCUGUCUGGAGGAGAGGAUAUGUCCUCUCAGCACAGCCCCCGGGGUAGUGAGUCUCCUGUCUACUGUGUGAUGAGUACCAUUCCUCACAUAGAGGACAAUCCUGAAGGACUGUCGCAUGAGGACUGUGAUGACGAUGGGAGCUCCGGGGCUGUCCAGGCUCUGACGGAGGUUGCAAGGGGCCUUGGCAUGGAUGUUGUUUGAUUGCAUACUGGGUAGAAUCACUCGUGUCCCAUGGACGCUCGUGCAGCUGCAGGUUGCCUGUUUUAAUGUUUUUUUUUUUUUUUUUUGCUGUGGAUCUGCCAGUGGAGACAUGACUGGAGCAGUUUCUAACCAAAGCUUCCUGCAGUGUUUCUCCUGCAUUAGGAUCAUUGUUAUUCUGGCUUUGAAAACCACAUUUGCAUCAUUGCUGCUCUCACGAACUUUAAUGUUGGAGCUUAGCUUCUGUCAUGUCUCCUGCUGAUGAGAUCAUCUCUGAAAUAUUAUUUCUGACCAAACUAUCAGGGGAAGAGUUAAAAGCACUAUAAAAUUAGUUUUAUAAGAACCUCUGUCACAUCCCAUGUUCUGUUUUCUGGGAUAUUUGCAGGAUGUUGCUCAGCAGAUGAUUUUAAGAAGACAUGUUUUUUUUUUUUUAAAGUAGCCUUGAAAUAUUGUUUCUUUUUUUUUAUUAUUUAAGUACAUUUAAUGAUACAAAAGUUGUUUGUUUUUGUUUUAUUUAUUUAUUUUUCUGUACAGGAUCUGUACUGUUGGAUGGAUGUACACUAUCGCUUAAAAGUUUGCAUCACUUUCCCACUGGAUUUAAUAGGAAAGUGAUCCCAAACGUUUGAAUGGUAGUGUAGAUGUAUGUAGUGUUAUCACGGGAUUAAUGUUGAAAUCGGUGCAGUAUCCCCUCCCAUCAACCUUUGUAUUUGGUGUUUAGUACUAAUUUAACUAAGAUAAAUUUCUUGUCUAUUUUAUGCUAAAAUUAUUAAAUGAACCUUACCCCGUUGAGGAAAAUCU